UGCUGGUGUGAUUGUGUCUUUAUCCUUCAUUUCAUUAUAUUACUAUAUAACAUGUUAAUUAUUCGGCUUGCUCUUAAACUUGGCGUUGCCUUCAAAACCUUCCCACCAUCUCCAGUGCCUUUAAUUUUAUACACAACACCAGUGAGCUUCCUCAGCAGCUGCUCCUUGCUCCAUUUUCCCUUAUUCUCCCAUCUUGCCUUCAAGUUUGCUUCUCUCCUGUUUUGGCGCGCGGAGACCGUGUCUUUGACAAGCUGCUUUCUUUCUCUCCAUUCAAUUUCACUCUUGAGUUUUUGUUUCUCUUAUUCCUUUAAUGCUUUCUUUCAAAAUUUCUCGGCAUUCUUGAUCUUGACACCUUCUGCUUGGCUCAUAAAACUGCUCCACUUUUCCCCUUAUUUUCUUUUCGGACGUUAAAAGAUCAAGCUUUCUUUGCUUGGCUUCGAUCUUUGUGAAAAUUCGCCUUGACAUUUCUUUUUGCAGUUCCUUUUCUUGUAUUUUGAUCAAAACCGAUCCUAAUUGUUUUCAAGUUGGAUAUCAUUUCGGAUCCGUCAGAAAAUUGACUGUUGCCGAAGAAAACAUCAAAUUCUUCAUCCUCAUCCUGUUCGUCAUCUGACUUAUCACUGUCGUCAACGACCCUAGCUCGCUUACUUUUAAGCUUUUCUUGCUUUCUUGC